AUGACAGAUUAUAAAUGUGAAGAAACAUCUUCAUCGUGUUCGAAAUUUCAGUCCGCUAUUUGUUUACAUUGUCAACGCCGUCUAUGCGUUGAGCAUAUCAUUGAGCACAGUGAGCGAAAUUCUUCUUCGGACGGCGGCGACGAACUUUCCAAUGAAGUCAAACGAACUCUGAAGGAUAUUAAAGACAAAGCACAACAAAGUCGAGCUGCACAUAACAAUCAAUUGAUUGAAUUGAAUCAAUGGAGAGAAGACAAUUUGAAAAAGAUCAAUCAGAUUUACGAUCAUGAAUUACAAUUGAUCAAUUUACGUGAACAUAUUCUUCUGAGUUUCCACCACUAUCUACUCAUGCAAUUAGAAGAGGGUGCGCGAUUGCCAUUAGAACGCUUGAAGAUCCAACAAAAUCUUAAUACUGGGAUACUUCAUCAUAUUCAACAAACACUUGGUAACAUUCAGCAAGAUAUGAAACAUCUCAAAUGGAAUUUUAAUCAAUUUUCAAAUAGUAUCAAGCAUUCACAGUCUCCAUCCACGCUCCUUCCGGUUCAAAUGCCGACUAGACAAGAUGAUCAGAUAAUGUUUAUCAAGCAGCAGCAACAUCAGAAAAUGCCAAAGAAACGAAUCCAACCCGCAGUUCCAUUGAUCGUGAGAUUUUCUCAGAUAAAUUCAGUAACGGAGAAUAUAUUUGCUAUCGAUGCUUACGUUAGAAGGCAUUCGCUAAAAUUGGUAACCAUUGUCAAUGCUUACCUGACAGCGUGUCAUGAGAAACUAAGUGGAGAUGAGAAACUUGCUGUUUUGAAUACAUACGUAUCAGUUGUUCAGCGGUAUCUCAAUGAACGGGAGACUAAUGCUGAUGUAUUGAUUGGAAUACAAACAUUUUUCUACAAUAAUGUAUUUGAAGAUGUUGAAAAAAAUGGAAUUAUGUUGUUCUUGCUCCAGUUCUUUCUGAAAUAUAAAUGCAUCGAUUAUCACUUGAUACUCAACUGGUACAACGGAAUUGAACGGAACGAUUAUGAAGGUUUUGAACAAGCACAACAACUUGCCAGCCCAUUUCUACAAUCCUUAUUCACUUCCGGUUCAUAA